GAGAAACCCUCGUGCCUUCCUAUCCUCCCUCCCAUGGCGGAGUCGUCCGAGAACGCCGCCGCGGCGCCCGCGCCCGCGCCACCUGCCGCCCCCGCCCCGGCCACGGUCCCGUCGCCGGCGCCGAAGACGUCCCCGCCCGCCAGCUCCGGGAUCCCGCCGCGGUACGACCUGGACGCCAAGUGGGACUCCUGCCUCGACCUCUCCAUCCGCCGCGUCGCCUACUCCUCCCUCGCCAGCGCCUUCGGGGGCCUCAUCCUCUUCCGUAAGCUCCCCCCACCUCCCCCUCCCCCUUCCCAUUCCCGUCCGAUAUCGCCAGAAAAUCACCUCCCAUAG